AUUAACAAUUUCACUGCUAUUCUGCCGAUGAGUCCCAAUGAAAUGGCCGUGAAGUUCCUGUUAUUCACGUGCAAUAAUCGGGAUAACUUUCAUAACCUGACAUACCUGUCCCAACCUAACGAAUGGACAAUUGCCGGUUUUAAUGCCAGUGCUCUGACUAAAUUUAUAGUUCAUGGUUGGCUCGAAGGGUACCCUGGUAACCCAACUGGAGUUAAUUAUAUGGAGCAAAUGAAAAACGUAAUUUUGAACAACUCGUGCGCUAAUGUUGUGGCAAUCGAUUGGUCUAAACCGGCAAAAGCUGUCGACUAUUUCCAAUCGGCGGCCAAUACUAAAAUUGUGGGACAAAUGAUUGGUUGCGUUAUCAAUAGACUGUCCGCUAAUUUAGGUGUUGAUCCGCAAGACAUCCAUCUGAUUGGUCACAGUUUGGGCGCACAUAUAGUGGGAUUUGCGGGCAAACACGUAACCAACUAUAACGUAGGCCACAUCACGGCCACUGACCCGGCUGGCCCCGGGUUUACUGGACAGCCCCCUGAGAAUAGGUUGGCUGUCGGUGACGCCAGCUUUGUUAAUGUCAUACAUACUAAUGGAAUUCCACCCAAUGGUAUACCUUUAGUACAAGGUAGUCGACAGCCAGGUUGUGGUUUAUUUAACGGAAAAUUCAUUCCUUCGUUGACCAGUAUCUCGGGUGUCAGUAAUGAUGCGCUGAGUUUGCUUAUAUGCAGCCACACCCGAUCCAAUCAAUACGCGGUCGCCGACCAGUCCUACGGCCAGAGCACGGGCUGUCAGCCCAUUGCCUAUAAGUGCGACUCUUAUGACAACUUCAUGAACGGUCUGUGCGCUGAUGGCAGUGACAGUCGUCCCAUAGAAUUGGAUCUCAACUAUUGGGAUAACAAAUCCAAUUGGGAUACGACUGACACUAACAAUAAGUAUUACAUCAAUACUAGAAACGUGUUGGAGCCUGGUGCGAAUACAUGUUCGGGUCAGUUUGAUAUACAACUGUCAAAUGGAAAUGACUUCAAGGGAUACACCACUCUCUAUACAACUCCACAACAACUACCACUCAAUACAACGGCUACUAUUAGCCCCCAAUUGGGCACUAAUUGUAAUGUAAAUGAAAUUAACAUUAAUGUCAUGAGCAAUCGCGACCCA